AUGACGUCGGAUGAGGUCUCUCGCUCACGAGAAGCUCGAGAUACACAACCAGCCAGUCAGGUGUCACCGCCAGGAAGCCUGUAUGCCAUGAGUGAUGAUGAAGAGGGUGAAUACAAUACCAUCACACAUACGGAGACAGGAAGAGGUGUUAAGCUACUCUACUCCAAGAGCAAGGUUUACAUCCACCCAACGCCUUCCUCCAAAGACAAUAUCCCCGGCUUCAUAGCCCUCCUUCAGCAAAAGCCAGGGCCUGGCGCCAGACCCUCCUCUGCCGACUCCCGAAACUCCCAGUCCAUAGCCUCCUCCGACCUCUUGCUAGCAUGGCUGCCCGAAUCCCAGCUUGGCGAGGCCGCCAGCACCUAUGUCAAAGUCGAUCUUGCUGAUGGCGACUCUCCGCCCAAACAGUCCUACCUCGUUCCUCCGCCGCCCACGGUCACCACCCACCGCGGAUCCAUCGGCCAUUAUUCCUUCGCCAUCCCGGUCAGCGCCAUAUACAGUCUGCUCGUGCGCCCGCCCAGCCUAGGAUGGUGGUUCGGUUCAGUCAUCAUCAACAGCCGGGCUGGGGAUAGCUUUCCCGCCCUGUUCUUCCACGACAGCGAGUGUGAGUCCACGAUUCUACAAAAGAAGAAGCACAUGAAGGACAAAUUCGACCCGUUUGGAGAGAGCGGCCAGAUGUUCUGGGGUGGAGAUGAGGUCCUUAGGUGGCUGAGGAGAUACAUAAAAAUCGAGAGGAGCGAGGCGGAGCCGAACAUUUACCUGGUCGAGCCCACCAAAGAAGACAGUGAAGGCUUCGGCAGCAAACCCACGGCCAGCACACCGUCUUCGAUCGGCCGAAAGGAUAGUAGCCGCGGAGUGUCGGUGGGCGGUGCUGCAGGGGCAAAUCCAGGCUCCGGUGCUGGCUCUAGCAGAGACGCACAGAUGGAUCCCUUCACCAAGUUCGUGAAGGAAACUGGGUGGAACAUCAUGGAGAAAUUCAGCAAAGUGACCACCUUCACGCGGAAUGCCGCCAAUGACGUCCUCGACAACCCUCGCGUGCCGCCGCAGAUGAGAAGUCUGCUGCGCAACCCCGAGGUGAAGACGCUACAGGAUGAGUUUGACAGUGCGAGAAUAUACCUGGCGCGAUGGGCGAUGGGCAUAGCGGAACAGAGCGAGCGGGAUCGCCGCCAAAGGAUAUGGACUGCACAGGAUGUCAUGGAGAUGGAGGACACUGAUGUGGGCGAGUUUGAGUUGCUGGAGGGCACGAGCUCUUUCUCGCUGGAAGAGAGGCGACGACCUGUCACGUCAAAGGAAUGGGCCACAUUCUUCGACGAGAGGACAGGGAGGCUCUCCGUUACCGUGGAUGAAGUUAAGGAAAGAGUAUUCCACGGCGGGCUUGACCCCGAAGACGGUGUGCGUAAAGAAGCAUGGUUGUUUCUUUUGGGUGUCUACGAUUGGCACAGCACCGAGACUGAGCGCAAAGCCCAGAUCGCUUCACUCAGAGACGCAUAUGUGAAGCUUAAAGGUUCGUGGUGGGAGAGACUAGUCGAUCUCGGCGGGCAGGGAGAGGAAGGCGAGUGGUGGAGAGAGCAACGUGCGCGCAUAGAAAAGGACGUCCACCGCACUGACCGCAAUGUUCCCAUCUUUGCGGGCGAGAAUAUUCCCCAUCCCGACCCUGACUCUCCUUUCGCAGAAGUAGGCACGAACGUCCAUAUGGAGCAGAUGAAGGACCUUCUACUCACGUACAACGAGUACAACAAAGAACUCGGCUACGUGCAAGGCAUGUCGGAUCUCUUGGCGCCAAUCUACGCCGUGAUUCAGGAUGAUGCGAUAGCCUUCUGGGCUUUCCAGCACUUCAUGGACCGCAUGGAACGCAACUUCCUGCGUGAUCAGUCCGGCAUGCGCACGCAGCUGACGACGCUGGAUCAGUUGGUGCACUUCAUGGACCCCAAGCUGUGGGAGCACCUGGAGAAGGCGGACAGCACCAACUUUUUCUUCUUCUUCAGGAUGCUGCUGGUGUGGUACAAGCGGGAGUUUUCCUGGAUGGACGUCCUGCGGCUCUGGGAGGCCCAGUGGACGGAUUACAAGACCAGCAGCUUCCACUUGUUUGUGGCGUUGGCUAUCCUGGAGAAACAUCGGGACGUGAUUUUGACGCAUCUGAAGCACUUUGAUGAGGUGCUGAAAUACGUGAAUGAGUUGUCCGGUAGAAUCGACCUCGAGUCCACACUCAUCCGCGCCGAGGCACUCUUCAGGAAAUUUCAGCGUCUUAUCGAAGCCAUUGACAAGAAACCCAACUUCCCAGCCCCUCGCUUCAAUUUCAACACGGCCGCACCAUCACUCUUCCCUCGUCCAUCUCCUCCCGCCGCCAACGAUAACAGCAACAAUAACCGCCCUUCCACACCCUCAGGUAGCAGUGGCACCCAACAGCAACAAGCGAACAAGGGCAAGCAGCCCGAGCCCAAGAGUCCGGGCGGCCAGCCUCAGAAGGUGAUCACUCCGGAGCUGAGGAAGCUGCUGAGCAGGGAAGUCGUGGUGUUGCCACGGAAGGAGGUGGAGGGGAAGGGGGAUGGAUUCCUGUCGAAGCCCGCGGAUGGGCGUAAAUGA